AUGCAUGAGAGGUUCACGAAUGUAUAUCUAUCUCCUCAGCCAUACGCCACAUUUGUUGUCCCCAAUCUGGGCAAAUCCCUCUUCCAAGGAUGUCUUGGCGGCUGGCAACCGUGCAAUAAAGACGUCACAACGUAUUAGCCAUGCACUCGGGACGGUUGGGAGUGCAUCUUUUAGGUCAAAAGGAAGUUAAGACUUUGUUUAUUGGCCUAGUAUUGAUUCUAAGUCGAGAUGGUAUCAUUUUUUCCUGAUUUUGGUACUAAAACAAGCAAAAAAGACGUCACAACGUGUUAGCUAUGCUUUUGAGACGGUUGCGAGUGCAUAUUUAAGGUCAAAAUGAAGUUGCGACUUUGUUUAUUGGCCAAAUUGGGGUUCCAAUUCAAGAUUAUAAGCCCCGGUACCAUAAGGCGUAGUUUUGUACUGCCCUAUUCGAGUUUAGGUUGAUCAAUCUCGAUUUUGGUACUAAAUUAACCAAAAACAACGUCACAACGUUUCAGCCAUGCACUCGAGACGGUUGGGAGCGCAUAUUUAAAGUCAAAAUGAAGUUGAGACUUCGAUUACUGGCCAAAUUGGGGUUCAAAGUCAAGAUUAGAAGCCCUGUAACAAUCAGGUGCAGUCUUGUACUUCCCUAUUUGGGUUUAGGUUGAUUUUGGUACUGAAAAGAGGAAAAAUGACGCACAACGUGUAAGCCAUGCACUCGGGACGGUUGGGAGUACGUCUUUGAGGUCAAAAUGAAGUUGCGAUUUCGUUUAUCGAACAGUUUGUUCUUCAAAGUUAAGGUUCAAAAUCCUGUCAUCAUUAGGCGCAGACUUGUUCUGCGCCAUUUGGGUUUAGGCUGGGUUGGAAAAAAAAAGGGCGUUUCGUUAACUUUUUUCUUGAUUUCGGUACUGUAAUGGUCAAAAAAGACGUCACAGCGUAUUAGCCAUGCACUCGAGACGGUUGGGAAAGCAUAUUCAGGGUCAAAAUGAAGUUGCGACUUUGUUUAUUGGCCAAGUUCUGGUUCAAAGUCAAGAUUAGAAGCCCUGUUACCAUUAGACGAAGUCUCAUAAUGCCCCAUUUGGGUUUAGGCUGAUUUUUUUCGAUUCUGGUACCUAAAUGAGGGAAAAAGAUAUUAGGAGCCAUGCACUCGAGACGAUUGAAAGAACCUUUUGACGCCAAAAUCAAGUCUCGGUUUGGUUUAUUAGCCAAGUUGGGGUUCAAAGUCAAGAUUAUAAGCAGACUUGUACUGCCCCAUUUGGGUUUAGGCUGAUUUUUCUCGAUUUUGGUACUUGAAUGAGGAAAAAAGACGCUAGAAGGUAUUAGCCAUGCACUCGAGACGGUUGGGAGUGCAUAUUUGAGGUCAAAAUGAAGUUGAGACUUCGUUUAUAGGCCAAAGUCAAGUCAAGUCGUAGUUCAAAGUUAAGGAUAUAAGCCCUGUUACCAUUAGCCUUAUACUCGAGACGGUUAUGAAUACAUAUUUAAGGUCAAAAUUGAGUGUCGACUUCGUUUAUUGUCCAAUGUCUAGUUCAAAGUCAGAAUUUGGAGUCCUGUUGUCAUUUUCGUUGAUUAUAGUAUCUGAAUGAAAAAAAGACGUCGAGGGAGAUCAAAUUGAAGAAAGAAGUUUGUUAAUUGGUAAAUUUGGCAUUCAAAAUCAACAAUUUUGGAUCUUUCAAUGAUUCUCUCACUAAAUGUCUUUGUUAAAAAGUUCACGACGCUUUAAUAGUACUCUUGAUACGUGUGGAAGUUUAUUUUCAGGUCAAAAUGGUUCACGGACCACGUUAAUGUAAAAUUAAAUUUUCUCAAAAAUGAAGCACAUUCAAAUUAUGGGUUUUUGACCUCUUUUCCGCCGAAACGCCUUUUUGAAAAAGCAAGAGUUGACUUUCAAAAAUCUUGGAAAACUUAUAAACAGUCUUUGCUUCAUAUUUUUCGACUCAAAAAACUCCAAAGUUCAACUAAUUUUCAGUCUUAUUUUUUGCUCCGGUUCAACUUUUGGGCCUUUCGAGCGCUCAAAAAGAACUCAUAAGAUCAUUAUGUUAAUUAUUUUCCCUUUAGUGGAACCUUAGAAUUUCUUCUUUUUAUUUCAUGGCUUCUAAAAAUUGAAGCAUCCGUUAUAAAGUUCAAUCAAAGGGUCUGCCAAGCCGAUAAACCUGACAUUUGACUUUGAAUUUUUUUUUCGAACUUUGUAACUUCACGAUGAAGACCUAUAUUCAGUGUAAUUUUUGCUCCUGAAUGACUUUUGUGACUUUGAAAACUCAAAAAGAGCUCAUAACUUCUCUUUUCCCCUUAUUCAUUGACUCAAAAACCCUCCAAAGUUGGAUCAAAGGGCCUCCCAAGCCGAGAAAACGUGGCAUCUGACGGCAGGAUCUGUACUUGACGGACGUUUUGCCGUCCAUCGAGGUGACGUGCCGAUAAAAACGGUUCGCUGCGUGGAAAACAAGCGCGGCGACGGCUGUGAUGACCUCAUGGCCGGCCGGAGAAGGUGCACCCCCGCUCCGCCACACGCCCAAGCGGCCAUUGCACCCUCACUUGCCGCUAAGCACUAUCGAUCCUUUUGCCAUGUUGUUUUUUGCUCGAAAUCGCAUUUUUAUGCCUUUUUGCAAUUUCCCUGAUGGUUCAUGACUGUUACAAUAUACUUAGAGAUGAAAUUACAUUUUUUGCUUUGCUUAAUUGAUUUUUUCACGGAUUUUAAAUUGUCAUAUGUAAUCAUAAAAGCUUAUUUUACUUGGUAAAAAGAUUUUAUUGACGCUAUUUUUAGAAUAGUUGGAUCUUUUUCCUAUUUCUUGGCCUAAUUUUUACAUUUUUGGAGGCUUUUCCAUUGCUUUUUCACUCGAAAUCGCAUUUUUAUGUCUUUUUUCUUACAAUUAUUGUUCAAAUUCAUUAUUUAAUAGUUCUUUGGAUUAUUUAGGCCGGAAAAAGUUAUCAUUUUUCCAAUUUUUGAGCUGAUUUUUGACUUAAAUCGGUUUUCCGAAAUUCUUUUUCAAGCUAGGUUAUAAAUGGGACUAUUUUUUUUUCUUCUCCCAGCUUGAAAUUAUAUUUAUAAUGAUUUAUUGAGCAGAUUUUAUUGAUGAUUUCUUUUUUUGAAGCCUGAGUUUACUUUUUUUGAAAAACUUGUUCAGAUGAAUGACUAUGUUAUCUUUUUCUGAAUUCUUUUUCUAUAUUUUUUUAGCUUGGAAAUAUAAUUUUUAAAGGUUUUUGAGCUGAAAUUUGUGAAGUUUCUAGGAAUUUUCCGGCUUUCCUUUGCUUUUUAAUGCUUGUCCGAAGCUUUUUUUAAGUGUAUUACUGUUUUUAAUACAAUUUUUUUCUCAGAAAUAUUUUUUUAGAGUAUAUUUUUUUAUCAUGCUUUGCAGACCGCAAGUUGUGUUUUGUGCAUUUUAUUGACCAAAAAUGGGAGAAAUUUCUUCUCAUUUCCGUCGAUACACUGAUAUGAUAAGACUGGUAGGCCUUUUACUUUCGACUUUUCGAAAAAAAGUGCGUUCUAGGGAAUUUUAACAGACUAAUUUGCUUCGAAAUCUUGAUUUACUCACAAAAAUUUUACGAAAUUUUGAUUUUUUUCAGUUUUUUGGUAUGUUCUUUUCUUGGUUGUGAGUAAUUUCAAGAGCAAUUAUAACUUUUUGUUCAUUUUUCUUUGAUUCUCAUAUAAAGAAACCCCACUUUUCGGUUUCAUUUAAAAUUAAUUUUUCCUAAAAGGGACAAGUUCCUUUUUUAUCGAAUCAUUUUCACAUGCCCUAACUCGAUUUUUAAUUUUUUUUUUUAUUCAUCGGAUCGAAUCCCCAUGUCGAUCUCCGGUCAUGCAAUUUAUUUUCGUAACGGUGAUUCUCACAAAAAUUGUUCAAAAUAGACAUUUGUAUCAGAUUUUAGACCAUUUUUCGCAUUUUUAAGACUCUUUCAUAGGGCUUUUAUUAUUAUUUCUGUCAAGUAUAGUUUUUGGCUUACCUGGUUAGUAAUUUUUCAAUGUUUUUGACUGUGCAUUUUCUCGGGAUGAACGUUUUCUAAAAGUUAUUCAACUAAUUAUUUCUCGUUUGAAACUUAUUUCAAGGUCCCUGGAAUCUUGGUCAUUUUUGAGCGUUUUUUUGGAUGAUUUGAACGUUUUUAAGUCAAUUAACGUGGUAUUUGUCAUUCCAAACGGUCUUCUCAUGUACUACAUGGGUUCAUUUUUUCAUCCUCUGCAUUUAUUUGAUUGAUUGAGUUCCCAUUUUGAUCUCCGACCGUGCAGUUUUAGCUGAAAAGUCCCAAAAUUCUUAUGAAAAAGGUUCAAAUUUGACUUUUUAGAUAGAGUUUUGAGCAUUUUUGCUGGACUAAGAGUUUUUUGACAGAACUUCUGAAUUUGUAAUCUUUUUUAGAUAUCCGUCUACUUUUUGAUGAAACUUCCUGAAGUGUGCCCUAGGGCUUCCUGAUUUCGAAAAGAGAGAAUAAAUUCUCAAAAUGAGCCUUGUUUUUGAAUUAGAAAGCUUCAAAAUCAGCUAAACUAUCACAAGAAAAGCGCUAUUUCGAGCUUUUGAAGCGUCUUGACUCGAAAACCACAAUUAUUGCGAGAAAUUUUUAUUUUUCUAAAAUCCGUAGUUCCUAAAGUACGCGUCACUUCAGAGUUUCAUCAAAAAGUUCGUCGGGGGAAUUUCCCCUGGCCGGUUCAGAAUAAAGUAUUUCUCAUUCCAUACCAUUUUCACAUGUCCUAUCUGGAUCCAAUUUUUCCUCUCUGCUCAAUUUGAUUGAUUGAGUUCUCAUUUUGAUCUCCGACCGGGCAAUUUGUUCUGAAACGUUCCAUAAUUGAAGUGAUUUUCAUGAAAAAUGUUCAAAUUUGACUUUCUAAAUAAAGUUUUGAGCGUUUUCGCUGGAUUUCAGUCUUUCUUCACAUAUCUUUAACAUUUUUCAGUGUCAUUUUCAAGUAAUUUAACAUUCCGAACGAUUUUCUCAUGCCCUACCUGGAUCCAAUUUAGCCCCCCUCCGUCAAUUUUAUUAAUUGAGUUCCCUCGUCGAUUUUCUGUAGUUAAAUGUGUCCUGGAACGUCCCUUAUCUGAAGCGAUUUUUACGAGAAAAGGUUCAAAUUUUACAUUUUUGCCGGAUUUUACCCUUUUUUUCACAUAUCUUUAACAUUUUUUUCAGUGUCAUUUUCAAGUAAUUUAACAUUCCGAACGAUUUUCUCAUGCCCUACCUGGAUCCAAUUUAGCCCCCUCCGUCAAUUUUAUUAAUUGAGUUCCCUCGUCGAUUUUCUGUAGUUAAAUGUGUCCUGGAACGUCCCAUAAUUGAAGUUAUUUUAACGAAAAAGGUUCAAAUUUGACAAUUUUGAGCAUUUUUGCCCUAUUUUACCCUUUUUUCACAUAUCUUUAACAUUUUUCAGUGUCAUUUUCAAGUAAUUUAACAUUCCGAACGAUUUUCUCAUGCCCUACCUGGAUCCAAUUUAGCCCCCCUCCGUCAAUUUUAUUAAUUGAGUUCCCUCGUCGAUUUUUCUGUAGUUAAAUGUGUCCUGGAACGUCCCAUAAUUGAAGUUAUUUUUAACGAAAAAAAGGUUCAAAUUUGACAAUUUUGAGCAUUUUUUUGCCCUAUUUUACCCUUUUUUUCACAUAUCUUUAACAUUUUUUUCAGUGUCAUUUUUCAAGUAAUUUAACAUUCCGAACGAUUUUCUCAUGCCCUACCUGGAUCCAAUUUAGCCCCCCCUCCGUCAAUUUUAUUAAUUGAGUUCCCUCGUCGAUUUUCUGUAGUUAAAUGUGUCCUGGAACGUCCCUUAUCUGAAGCGAUUUUUACGAGAAAGGUUCAAAUUUUACAUUUUUGCCGGAUUUUACCCUUUUUUCACAUAUCUUUGAAGUUUUUCAGUGUCCAUUUCAAGUUGUUUAGCAUUCCGAACGAUUUUCUCAUGCCCUACCUGGAUCCAAUUUUGCCCCCUCUCUGCGCCAAUUUUAUUAACUGAUUUCUCUUUUCGAUCUUCUGUAGUUAAAUGUGUCCUGGAACGUCCCAUAAUUGAAGUUAUUUUUAACGAAAAAAAGGUUCAAAUUUGACAAUUUUGAGCAUUUUUUUGCCCUAUUUUACCCUUUUUUUCACAUAUCUUUAAAAUUUUUUUCAGUGUCAAUUUUUAAGUAAUUUCACAUUCCGAACGAUCUUCUCAUGCCCUACCUGGAUCCAAUUUUCCACCCUCAGCGUCAAUUUGAUGGAUCGAGUUCCCAUGGUCAAACCUCCGGCCGUCCAAUUUGUCCUGGAACGUCCCGAAACAAGGGGACCAGAACCUGAAGUCGAGCUUGACAUGAAGGGAUACAUCCCAUCGGACACACGGAGGUCACAACACACUCUAUGUGUGUAA